UUGUUGUUCAUAUUUGACCCAGGCGUUCGUAUGCUUAUGCUAUGGUCGAAAGUUAUGUCAAACUUUAACUCGCUUUAAUAAUCCUCGCCGUUUAAAUUUAAUUUAACACAUUAAUCUUCGCGUGUAUAAAAUUAUUUAAAUUAUAACUACGCCUCAAAACAGUAAUUACAAAGUACUUUAAAUAUUUACAUAUAAUUGUUAUCGUUUGUGUUCAUGCCGCUCAGGCUUAACCUCUCAAAUUGUUUUGUUUUGUUGUCAUGUUGACAUUCGCGUGUACUCGUUAGUGUCGUGUGUCUCUUUAUUUAUAAAUACACUCAGUUAAUAUUUCUGUAAUUGAUUUUUUCAUAAUAAUUUUUUAUCAAUAAAUACAUAAAAUAAAAUGACGGAUUAUAUAUCCGCGGAACUCGCGGCAACUUGCGAUGCGCUUGGUUAUCAUGACGGUGCUACCUAUCGUUUGGAUCCUGAUGCUCUAGAUGUAAUAAAAGAUUUAAUAAAGUACUUGAAAAGAGACGAUGACACACAUACAAUUCGUCGUUACUUAGGUCAAACAAAAUUUUUGGAAACAGAUUUGAUCCAAAUUUUUGUGGAACAUUCUAACAAAUCUGAACUAUGGGAUGUUCUAUUACGUUUGAUGAUUAAUUUAACAAGUCCAGCGUUGAUGGUAUACAACGAAGAGCUCCCAGCUGAAAGAACAAAUCGUAAUUAUUAUUUACAAUUAGUCAGCUAUCUGCAGGGUUACAAAAAAGCAUUGACAGAUGAACGUGUGUGGACAGUGGUCAGCAGUCGUCUGGGAAAAAUAUUGAAAAUAGAUACAAGUGAAAGAGGUGAAGAAAACGAAUUAAUCAUCGAGAGAAUUCUAACAUUAAUUAGGAACGUUCUUCAAGUACCUCCACACGACAAUGACAAACGAGCUGACAAUGAUGCCACAGUUCACGAUGAGGUUUUGUUUGCUCUCCAUGCGUCUGGUAUCGUCGAUCUUUUGUUAUUUAUUGCGAGUAACAGCAGCGAGCAACAGUUCCACGUACAGAUUAUUGAGAUAAUUGCAUUGAUGUUACGUGAACAAAAUGCUAGUAAAUUAGCAGUAGUUGGCCUGGAAAGAACUGCCGAAGAAAAAGCACGCGAGGAGGCUAAAUUAUUGGCUGUAAGGCAAAAAGAAAUAACUGAGAAGAUGGAAAAAAUGAAAAAGUAUAGCGGCUCGAGACAUUCAAGAUUUGGAGGUACGUUUGUGGUGCAGAAUAUGAAAGGUAUUGGAGAAAAUCAAUUGAUUUGUCACAGACCAUUUGAUAAGAUCGAGGCAUUUGAAUUUUCACGAGAUAAAACCAAAAUGAAGAAGCCCAAAAAUCGUGUCUUCGUUGAGCCAGCAGUGGAGGAACGUAUGUCGGCACUUAGCGUACGAUUAUUCCUAAAAGAAUUUUGCGUGGAAUUUCUAAUUGGUGCUUACAAUCCUGUAAUGAGAUACGCAAAGUCCUUUAUAAUCGGAGAUAGUGCAGAUAAGUCUGACGGCAUUCAUUACUUUUGGGCAUUACGUUUCUUCAUGGAGUUUAACCGCCAUUACAAGUUCCAGGUGAAGUACGUGAGCGAAACAAUAGCAACCGAAACAUUUUAUUUAGUUCAAAGACAAAUGGACCAAUAUUAUGAACUGCUUAUGGCAGAUAAAAAGAAACCGACAUACUGGUUACGACGUUUACAUGAAGCUUUAAAGGCUUAUCAGGAACUUCUCCAUACAUUGAGUUGGAUGGAUAAAAGUCUCGACAAGGAUGUACGAGAUUCCAGCAAGGUCAUUAAGAGUAAUAUAUUUUACGUACCAGAAUAUCGAGAAACGAUACUCGGGCAGCUUCUAUCGUACAAUGGGCUUAAAAUGUCGCGAAAUUAUUUGGUGGAUUUAGUUACAACAACCCACCUUUUUGUCAAAAUGUUGGAGCAAUUUUGCGACAAAAGUCGUAAUGUAAUGGUAGCAAAAACAAAAGCAAAAAAGCGUAAAGGAACCCAGAAAAAAACCAAGCAGAAAAAAGAACAAGAGCAAACAACCGCGGUACAGAAAAGCUUAGAUGAACGUUGGGAUGACGCGGGUCCAGAAUUAUCUGCUGUUAUGCAAGAGGGUAUUAUACCAGACGUCGUACCUUUUGAUGCUACUUUAGAUACUCCAAUUGAAGAUCAAAAGAGCGACGCUAUGAAAAAAAUCCAAAAGUUACUUCGCAAAAAGGAAUUCGAGGAAGCAGUGGGUCUAUUACGAGCAUCAAGACAAGUUUGGCCUGAAAAUGAUUGCUUCGGUAAACCAGACAUCCCGGUUGAAGAAGAAUUUCUAGCUCUUCGUGAGAUAUUCUUUGCUGAUCUUGGUGUUGAGGAGGAAGCUGAAAAACGGAACGAAGAUAUCGAGAGUUUUCUGAACAAUGAGGGUGGAGAAAUUGAAGAUGAGGAUGACGAAGAGAAUGAAGAAGAAGACAAUGUUGUCGAGUGGGAGGAAACUAACUUUGAUUUCAAAGAAUUCAUUUACAGAUUUGCAAAUGUAAAAGUUGUCAAAGCACUGACAGAACUACUGAAAACUUUUGAAAAAAAUACCAUUGAAGUAAAUCAUUACAUUCUCAAAAUGUUUCAUCGAAUUUCAUGGGACUGUAAAAUGCCGGCGAUGUUAUUCCAAGCCUCAAUAUUUCGUGUGUUUCAACGUGUCCUGGAGUCGAAACGCCGUGAGCACAAGGAGUUGCAAAAGUUUGCCAGUUUCAUAAUUUGUCAGUUCGCGGAAGUGGCUCAAAAAAACCCGAAAGCGUACAUGGAGCUUCUUUUCUGGAAGAAUACUCGCGAGGCUACGGAGAUAGUUGAAGGAUACGAUGUACAGCAUGAAAAUAAAAAGACAGGACGUGGCGUGUGGAGCGAAGCUGAAGAGGAUGAACUGCGUACUUUAUUUAUGGAGCAUCAAACUAAGAAGUAUCCUCAAGAUAUCAUCGAUUGGAUCUUGGAAAAUAUUAUCAGCGACGAUCGAACGCGCCGCGGUGUAAUUAAAAAACUCAAGGAGAUGCAUUUGAUUGUAAACUCUAAGCAAGUCAGAAAUGAAGUACAAAAACGGUUACCAAAAGAAUGGGGCGAAGAAGAAGUAGCACAAUUAACAGAAAUGUGGGAGAAUGUUAAAAAUGAUGACGAUCCAGUUGAUCUUAUUUAUGCUGGAUUGAGGAUAAAACGCCCGAAGCCGAAAAUAAAGGAAAAGCUGCUGGAAUUAGGGCUGGCGAAGGAUCCUAAAGAAUUACGGAAAAAACGUACCAAGAAGAGUAAGAGUAAGAGCGACGGCUUACCUAAAGCCUCGUGGGAAACGCGGUCAGAGAGCGAACGAUCUGCGUCAAGUAGCAAUGAAGAAAACUCAUCAGAUUCGGAAGACACUGGGCGUCAUCCGGGCCCGGCAAAGAGAGCCAACAAAAAAAUAGUUAAGAAAAAUAAUAAAAAACGGCCGCCUACAAUAACUUACACCGAUGCGCAGCUAUCGGGACUUCUGAAAGACGUUAUCGAUAAUGAUAUGAGGGAGUCUCUCGAGUGGAUUAAGGAAUCGCUCGAGGAGGCUUUAGAAGACCGAGAUGAAGAAAGUGCCGAUGGCAUCCCACUAGUACCGAUAACGGAUUAUUCAUCAGCUGCAAUGGAUUCACCAACUUUUAUGCGAUUUCUUCGUGCUUGCGGUAUUGAACCACCCUCGAAUGAACAGGAAGCUUAUUGGCGAAUACCAGCCACAAUGCUUUCAUCCACAAUACGUAAACGUUGCGAUUUAAUCGCAAAAGCCCUCGCUGGAGAUUUUAUCGAAGAAUCAGUUACAACUGAAAAAGAUAUAGUAGAUAGUCUCAGCGAAUCAGACGAUGAAGAUACUCAGCGCGAUAUCGAUAAAAUAAAAAAUAUGUUUAAGCAGAAAUCGAAAUUACAAAAUAAGAAACAGAUUGUCAAAAGUAAAGUUUUCAACUCGAGCAGUGAUGAAGAUUCUGAAGAAUCUUCAUCUUUGAUGAAAGAGAAAUCUGUACUGGUUGAUAAAGAUAAAAAAAUAGAUAAUGGUGGAAAGGAAGGAAGAGGACGUACAAAUACAUCAAAAGUACGGCAGGGAAAAUUAAAUUCAAGUCGAAUUAAAUCCAUCGUAAAUUCAUCAGACUCGGAAAUGGAAAUUGAAACUACUAAAAUUACUUCAGAUAGUGAAGAAUCCAAAAGAAUUAGAUCAGAAAACUCAGAUUCAGAAGCUCCGAUAUUAAAAAAGCGCCGAGUUAUUGACAGUGAAGAUGAUGAAGAUAAAAAAGAAGAAGAAAGUGAUUUUGAUAAACUUUUAAAGUCGAGUGAGUCAAAACAAAGCCGUAUAAUCAUCAGUGAUAAUGAGAGUGAUGCUGAUGAAAUAAAUCAACCAAGUGAGUCCAAACAAUCUAGGAAAAUUUUCAGUGAUGACGAUGAUGAGGAUUAGAUUAGUUCCAUUCUAUUUAUCUUUAUAAUUAUAGUUGUAAUUAAUUUUACCGAUAGUAUUUAUAAAUCGAUAAUUGAAAUAAUAAUUAUAGCUCGUUGAAGUGACAUGAAAACAGAAAUAUAAUUAAAUGUCAGUUGAGUAAAAAAAUUUAUCUAUAAUCAGAUAAAUGUCCUGUUAAAAAAUAUGACACGUGUCCUUUUAAAAGAACGAUAUGUCACUCACAAAGCGCGACAAUUUCCUCAUUUCAUUUAAACGUUAAAAAUUAGUGCUUUUUUUACAGAUUAAAUAUAAUCGUACAGAUUUAAACAACUCUUUUUUUUCUAGUUCAUUUUUAAUUAAAAACCUCUGACAUUAAUACUGACUUUUAAAUUUAUACCACGUUUUUAAUAAAGAUUGUAUUAAACAUUAAUACCUACUUACACAAACUAGUACCUAUUUACACAAAAUCUGGCUUUAAACCGAUAACCUACCAACUAUCUCCUAAUAGUCAAUUAUAAUAACUAACUAUUGAAAUAUUUAACCAAGAGCUCAACGAUAAGUACUUACUACUCCGAAUAUAGUUUCAAUUUUACCUCUUGCUAGUAAGUAAUUCAUUUUCUAUACCAAUCAUUCAUAGGUCAUAUACCUAUUUAUAAUGAGGAGUUUAUAUAAAAUUCUACAUUAUGGAGCUUGAAUUUUUAAUAAAAUUUUUUUAAUUUAGACAAAAUAU